ACCACACUGACUCUCUCUCUACAUCGCCGCUCUCAAGUCCUACCGCCCUCUGUCUCUCCGUCUCUGUCUUUCCAGCCCUCCCUCCCUCCCUCCCUCUCCCUCUCUCAGCUGCUCUCGCUCCCCUCCCCUCCCUUCCUGUGGAUGGUGUAGCUCUCUCUCUCGCAGUCUGCUGGAGCCGCACACAAGGAUUAGAGGGUUGCUGUGAGUGUCUGCUCACAGAGAAGAAGCCAGGAGACAACAAUAAUAAGAAGAAGAAUAUCAUUAAUCUCCAGAAAAAAAAGGAUAGCCUCACUACUGUGGAUAAGUGUUCUGAUUUCUACACAGCCUCUUCCUCUCAUCCGAGCCGCGCCGAGCUGAAGCACUGCUGAGCCCUUCACCUGAGGGACAACAGAUUAAGCCAAGGGACUCUAUAUAUCCCGGACCUCCACACGGGGAGCCAUGUGAGCGGCACCCCUCCACCGACUUCACAGGUCCCCUUCCUAACUCUGAGCAUUGGGAGCACCACCGGGAUUUUUUUUAUUUUUAUUUUUCCUCCACCACCACCACCACCACCACCACCCCCCCUGCCCCCUUCUCCCCUUCCCCAGGAACCUCUACUUGUAGGGCUCAACGCGGAGGGACUCUCCAGGCUCUGAGUAGCCCCUCAGGCGGAAGACGCUCAUCUCGGGGCGCCGGUCCGGGCUGCGAGUGCCCCCCUGGUCUGGAGGCCGGCCAGCAGCACUCCAGCACCAUGGAUUACCUGCUUGGGAUUGUAGUGCUGCUGUGCGGGGCGGUGCAGCCGGGAAGAGGAGUUGAGCCCAAGCACAAUGUACCCAGACUAAAGCUGUCAUACAAGGAGAUGUUAGAGUCCAGUAACCUCGUCACCUUCAAUGGGCUGGCCAACAGCUCGAGCUACGACACUUUCCUAUUGGAUGAGGAGCGAGGGAGACUACUGGUCGGAGCUGAGGAUCACAUCUUCUCAUUUGACCUGGUCAAUAUUAACAGAGACUACAAGCAGAUUGCGUGGCCCGCCACCCCCUCUAAGAGGGAUGAAUGCAAGUGGGCAGGAAAAGACCUGGGGAAAGAGUGUUCUAACUUCAUUCGGGUGCUGCAGCCGUACAACCAGACCCAUCUGUACAUCUGUGGCACGGGAGCCUUCCACCCCAUCUGCGCUUUUCUGGAAAUGGGCAAGAGGGCAGAGGACAACAUCUUUCGGCUGGCCUCGCAUUUCGAGAACGGCCGCGGGAAAAGCCCCUACGACCCCAAAAUGCUGUCGGCCUCGCUCCUGAUCGACGGAGAGCUGUACUCUGGCACGUCUGCCGAUUUCAUGGGAAGGGACUUCGCCAUUUUCCGUACGCUGGGAGAUCACCAUCCAAUCAGAACGGAGCAGCAUGAUUCAAGAUGGCUGAAUGACCCCAGGUUCGUAGGCGUGCACUUGAUCCCCGAGAGCGACAACCCCGAAGACGACAAGAUCUUCCUGUUCUUCAAGGAGAACGCCAUGGACGGAGAGCACACCGGGAAGGCCACCAUUGCCAGGAUAGGACAACUGUGUAAGAAUGACAUGGGAGGCCACAGGAGCCUGGUAAACAAGUGGACCACUUUUCUAAAGGCCCGGCUAAUGUGUUCAGUCCCGGGAGUCAAUGGCAUUGACACACACUUUGACGAACUACAGGACGUGUUUCUCAUGAGCUCCAAGGACCCGAAGAAUCCAGUCAUCUACGCCGUAUUCACCACAUCCAGCAACAUCUUUAAAGGCUCGGCGGUGUGCAUGUAUAACAUGGCGGACAUCAGGAGGGUUUUCCUCGGACCCUACGCCCACAGAGAUGGACCCAACUACCAGUGGGUGCCUUUCCAAGGGAGGGUGCCCUACCCUCGCCCUGGCACUUGCCCCAGCAAGACAUUCGGGGGAUUCGACUCGACAAAAGACCUUCCGGACGACGUGAUCACCUUCGCCAGGGGUCACCCUGCCAUGUACAACCCGGUGCACCCGAUAGGGGGACGUCCCAUCAUGGUGCGGACGGACGUGGACUACCAGUUCUCCCAGCUGGUGGUGGACAGGGUGGAGGCUGAGGACGGGCAGUACGACGUCAUGUUCAUAGGCACAGAUAUGGGGACGGUGCUGAAGGUGGUGACGAUCCCCAGGGAGAGCUGGCACGACCUAGAGGAGGUUGUGCUGGAGGAGAUGACGGUCUUCAGGGAGCCCACCACCAUCACCGCCAUGGAGCUGUCCACCAAGCAGCAACAGCUGUACCUUGGCUCAGCCCUGGGUGUAUCGCAGAUGUCUCUGCACCGUUGCGAGGUGUAUGGGAAAGCUUGCGCCGAGUGCUGCCUGGCCAGAGACCCUUACUGCGCCUGGGACGGAGCGGAGUGCUCGAGAUACUUCCCUACCGCCAAGAGGCGAACCAGACGACAAGACAUCAGAAACGGAGAUCCUCUCUCCCAGUGCUCAGACCUGCAGCACCACGAUGACCUGGACGGCUUGGGAGGCAGCGUGGAGGACAGGAGUGUGUUCGGCGUGGAGAACAGCAGCAUGUUCCUGGAGUGCAGCCCCAAGUCUCAGAGGGCGCUCAUCUACUGGCAGCUGCAGAAGCCCAACGACGACCGCAAGCUUGAGAUCAAGCUUGACGACAGAGUGGUACGUACAGACCAGGGUCUGCUGAUACGCAGCCUGAGUCAGUCUGACACAGGUGUCUACCACUGCCAGGCUGUCGAACACGGCUUCAUCCAGCCCCUGCUGCGCCUUAACCUCCAGGUCAUCCCCACGCAGAGACUGGGGGACAUCCUCCCCGGAAUUCCUGGCGCAGGAGGGGGCGUUGGCCAGUCAGCCAAGCACAGGGUGUGGUACCGAGAUUUCCUGUCUCUCUUGGACCACCCGGACCUCAACAGCGUGGAGGAGUUUUGCGACAGGGUUUGGAAGAAAGAGCGCAAACAGAAGAGGGUGAAGACGCCCAACACCAACAGCCAGGGAAAACCCGACGGCACCGGUGGUUCCAAUGGCGCGUUGCGACCAAGGGCUACGGCUCCCAAUGCGCAGAAGCAGCAAGCCAGCCCUCCACAGAGCAGGCCAUGGCUUCAGGCCGGAGCUCCGACAGUGGAAGGCCCAACGCGGAGCCAGAAUACACAAAAAGGUCAAGGAAACCUGGGCAUGCUGAGCGGACAGGCCCCCAAGAACAACCAGAGGGCACAAAAUGGCCAGAAGGGGCAGGGCAACCUGGCUGGUCCUCAGGUUGCGGGGGCAGCGCGGGUGAGCACCCAGCAUGCGAACAAAUGGAGACGGAUGCAGGAAAAUAAGAAGGGUCGCAACAGGAGGACCCACGAGCUUCAGAGACCCCCACGUAGCGUUUGAGGAAAAAAGCACAAGUUCAAGCAGAAUCUACGCACACAAGCACAAACCCUCCUCGCAUCCACACAAGAACAUUCUAUAGAUUGUGUUUCCGACGUGUGAUUCAGUGACCUCUCCAUAACCGCAGCCAGAGCAAAAAGAAACUCAUCAAAACGCACCUUUAAGGUAGAAAUACAUAAGCAACGACAAUAAAAGACACAAAUGCGCAUUAACCUGUGAAAAAAUUUUUUAAAAGAAAGACGAUCAGAGGACUGAAAAACUGGAAUGCAUACUGUAAAUGUGUGAGGACUCGGUUGCCUGGGAUACCGCCCGGCAGACACUUCAACCUCCUGUACAUAAGCUACUAAAAUAAGACUCGGACAAAAUGUUUAGUGAGGUGUUCGUUGGGGAGCACGUGGACUUAAUGUGCCGGGAGGACGGCUGCGGAGACGCUAACAGAUUCGUAGACGUUUACGGGAGCAGAAAUUGCGCAGCCUGCCGCCCUGUUUUGACCCGAGCAUGUGAACUGCGACGUCGCGUACGUGGAUUACGAACUCUGACUUUGAGGAACUGUUUCGGGGGGUUUUCGAGUAAAGAGCUGCAACCAUUAAAAGGGAGAAAUAAGCGGGUUGCAGUUCACCUGGACGUCGGCACAGCAGCUUGAACCAGUGGCUCUUGUGUUGUUCAAAUACAAACAGAAGCAUUAUUAUAAUACGGGGAGGGGUGGGGGUGGAAAAAAAAAGUCGAAUACAGACAAUGUGCUUCAUUAUAACCCUCUCCAUCAACCGAGGCUGGGAAAGCAUUGUGCAUGUCAAUCAAUGUUUUAAUAAGCUAAUUGUUUUAUGGAUUCUAGAGGCUUUUUUUUUUUUUUUUUUUUUUUUUACACCGUACCUAAAAGAUUUUGCAAAUUUCUUUUACAUUUACUUUCCUUUUCCAAACCAGUGCUUCAAUUUUCGGGGGCAAAAAAAAUAUAAAAUGAAAUAAAAAACCACAGGUAACAUAGUCAAUGUGCAUAACACAAGGAUUCUGUGUAAGUUAUUCGGUUCUUGUUUUUGUUUUUUGUUUUUUCCUCUGGGAUUUCAUAAGUUUUUGGACACUAAUCCCAUUUGUAGGCUGUUGCUGAAAGCCUGAAAUAAGACCGCCGGUUGUUUUUUCUUUUUUUUUUUUUGUUAGUUUUUUUGUGUACAUAUAUACAACAAACGUAACUCUCUGUGUAUAUACAGUACAUAUACAGUACAAGGACACCACUUGACUAUUAUUUAUUGCUCAUUGUUUUGUGAAAGGGUUGCAUUUAUUUUUGAUAUUAUGGUAUUUUUGGCUCAUCAGUAUAUUGGAGAAACGAUGGCAACAAAAGAAACUUUGAUGGACCAACUGGCUGAAAAGGAAAAAAAAAAAAUGUGUCGAGGAAUCUCCUUUUUUUGGGGGGGAGGGAUGUGAGCGUGUUGAAGUUCAGGAGUGCAGAGGUCUGUGUGUUGAUUCGACAGAGAUCCCACCAUCGAUAAGCACAAUUUAGUCUCUUUCAUACCAGAGUAUAUGUUCAUUAUGUUUUCCUUUCUCCCACUUCCAUCCAACAUGUCUUUUUUUUUUAUCCUGUAGCUAUUAUGUGUAAGAUAAUUUCCCCAAACUGAAAAACAUUAGCUGUGACUCUCUGUAAGAAAUAGUGGAGAAAAAUGUUAAAUCUAGUCUGAGGAGAAGACACAUUAUAACUGCAUGUGAAUGCUACCUACAGUAAGUGCAUCUUUUUUAUUGUCUUUUUACGUGUUUUGUGUGAGAGGUAAAGUAUCCCUUCAAAGCAAGGUGUGAAUUACUUUUGUCCUUUUUGCCAAAACAGUGAUGUUAACAACUCAUGUGAAUUCUGGCCAAAGCUGUUUGAGAUCUGAGCUCCUUAAUCUUUGAUUCAACGAUGGUACCUCCUGUCUCCCCCGGCCCCUGGAUACAAGAGUAAUGUGUCGAUGCAAUAAAUUAGAUCGGAUAGUGUUCCAGCACUCAAAAGUUUGAUGUGUCCCUAAUUCUCUUCCUCAGAGUGAGAAGUGUGAGAGCUGAAAGUUACCGCUGCUGUAACACAGUUCUUUCUGGCAUGCAUUCAGUUGUCUAAAUAAACAUCUCCGUAAAAAAUAAUAAUACAAAAAAGAAAAA